AUGACGGACCCACCACCGGGAGGGCCCGAACCCCCUCCCACAAACACACAAGAAACCACCGCCAGCUUCACGGACGACGAUCUCGAAGCCAGUACCACCGCUGGAACCAGAAGGAGAACCCGAAAGAGAGAUGCGUUUGCUCCAUCGGACCCCGCCGGCCGAAUCACCACCAAGGAGGUGUGGAAAUUGAUCGGCACGCUGAAGGACGUGAUCCGACACCAAACCGCAGCCAUCACAGCCACGCAAAACGAACUCCAGGAGAUCAAACACAACCAAAAUGUGCUCCAAGAACAAAACGAAAAGCUUCAUGAGGAAGUGAGAGCCUUGCGAGCGCAGGUCGAAAAUACCCAGGCCGUGACUGCGACCAAGACGUGGGCCGCAGUCGCAGCCAGCAGCGGUGAGACCACCGCCCCCUCGCGGAAUCACCAGCAAUUCGAGAAAGAGCAAAACUGCAUCCGAAUCAGCACUCAGAGAACAUUCGUCGAUCCAAGAGACAAUGAGAACAACGCCGAUAACGAAUUUGGGCGAUACCUCCCCACCAACACCGCCAACGCCCACAUCCGCGCAGCAUUACAGAGCGAUACUGCGACCCAAGACGCCCAGGUAGCUGGUGUUGGUACCACCAAAACCGGUUACCUUAUCAGGUUCAAGAAUGCGGAGUCGGCCGAAGCGGCGCGCAAUAACACCGAAUGGCUACAGAGUCUGGGCAACAACACUAAGCUGGUCAAACCACGGUUCGGGGUAGUGGUGCACCGCACUCCUACUCAAGAGUUUGACCUAGAAGCAGGAGCCAUCCAGGCCGCAGAGAAGAUCAUAAGAGAGAACGAUCUGGCGGAACACGGUUUCCACAUCGAAGAGCUAGCCUGGAUGAAGGCCAAGGACAAGGCCUUAGGGAAGUUCGCAUCGCUGGGAGUCUGGUUCGACUCUGCCGAAGGGGCAGAACACAUGCUUCGCAAUGGAUUUAUUGUCAGCGAGCACUAUAUCCCCCAUGUGGAACGCCGCGAGAUCAAGAAAAAGAGAUGCUUUCGAUGCCAACGCUUCGGGCACUUGGCAUGGUCGUGCAAGGAAACACCGCGAUGUGGACACUGCGCAGGGCAACACGAACGCGAGCGCUGCCCACCAGGAAUGCUAGAGAGAAAUCUCCGCAUCCUACAGUUGAACAUGAUGAAAAAUGGACCGAGAAUGGAAGCACUGAUCAACGAUCCUCAAAGCCAAGACCUGGAUGUCCUUCUGAUCCAGGAGCCCUCCAUCACUACGUAUCGCACACAUGUCAACCACAGCGCCUGGAGACUAUAUCGACCUACGACACAGCUCGAUGUUGCCCGGUACCGCAGCCUGAUCUACGUCAACAGAAGAGUCUCCACAUCCUCCCACCGCCAAAUACCAUGCGACCACCCAGAUGUUGCAGCCAUCAAGAUCUGGACAGCUAACUCUCAAAUGCUUAUCUUUUCUAUCUACAUACCGCCCGUACCGCUUUUCACCGGCAAUGAUGCAUCGGCAUUACCCGCCUUCACUGCAAUCCAAAGCUCCAUCGCCGCGACUACACAAGAUGAGCCACGGUCAACCGCCAUCGUUGUGUCAGGCGACUUCAAUCGACACCAUCCGAUGUGGGGCGGCAACCACAUUGCGCCUAGGUUUAUCGAAGACGCCAGCGACCUAAUCGACUUCUUCCAAGCCCACAGUCUCCAGAGCUGCCUCCCCCGAGGCACGGCAACCUACUGGGCCCUCAACAACCCGGGACAGAACUCGACCAUCGAUCAAACAGCAACAGACCGCCCGGACCUGCUAAUCAAAUGCCACCUAUACCACGAGAACUACGGAUCGGAUCACCGCGCGACAUACUCGGAAUGGAACCUGCAACCCCAGACGAAACCGAAGACCAGGGCAAGGAAGGCCUACGAGCGAGCGGACUGGACCAAAAUCGGCGAGGAAAUAAUCCGGCAGAUGGGCCCAUGGAGUGACAUUAAGACGCGGCCAACACUUGACAGGAUUGUGGAAAAACUCACGUCCACCACGGCACAGACAGUCGACCGGUUCACACCCGACGCACGCCCAACGCCAUACUCCAAAAGAUGGUUCACCCCGGAUCUCAAAGUGCAACAAGUAGAAGUCAACCAGCUACGCAGGAAAUGGCAAGCGAACUGCGCAGAGCUCGGACGAGAACACGCUCGGACCCAGUCUGCCUUCCAGGCUAUGCAACAGAAACGUCGAGCAUGGACUCGAACCAUCGAAAAAGUGAAAGCUACGCACUGGAAACAGUUUCUGGACGAGGCAGGCGAGGGGAAGCUCUGGAAAGCCGCGACGUACAUGAAACCCCGGGAAACAUGGGGCUGCAUCCCGACACUGCAAGUGGGUUUGGAGGAAAUCACUCGGAACGAAGACAAAGCGAAAGCGUUUCUCGACACGUUCUUCCCUGCCAUGAAUACACCAGAGCCCGGCCCGCCAACCUCGCCACACCCGGAGCUUCCGUGGCCCCCGAUCACGGAACUAGAGAUUGAACGAGCGCUGAGGUCCGCGAAAGGGACGACAGCGCCAGGCGAGGACAACCUUCCGAUGCUGGUUUGGAAAAACCUAUGGGUACACCUAAAAGCCGUGAUUGUACGUAUCUUCACGGCAUGUGUAGAUCUAGGACACCACCCCAAACAAUGGCGAAGUGCGAAAAUCGUAGUUUUACGAAAACCGGGAAAACCAGACUACUCAGUGCCAGGCGCGUAUCGCCCGAUAUCACUUUUGAACACACUCGGCAAGGUCCUGGAAGCAGUGAUGGCCCGGCGGCUGUCUUACCUCGCAGAGAAACACGGCCUGCUCCCGAACAGCCAGUUUGGAGGGCGACCGGGCAGGACCACAGAGCAAGCCUUACUGGUGCUAUCUAAUGCGAUCGACAAAGCAUGGUACAGACAUAACGUGGUGACACUGAUCUCAUUCGACCUCAAGGGCGCUUUCAACGGGGUGAACUGGGUAAGUCUGGAUGCCUCGCUACAGGCAAGAGGGAUCCCAAUGGCAGCAAGGAAAUGGAUUGCCAGCUUCAUGGGUGAUCGACACGCCAACAUUGGAUUUGACGACUUCCGAACCAAGUCAGAACCCCUCGCGAACGCAGGCCUAGCGCAAGGAUCACCACUCUCUCCCAUCUUGUUCGCCUUUUUCAACGCCGACCUGGUUGACCAGCCCGUCGAUCCCCACGGAGGCGCAUCGGCCUUCAUAGACGACUACUUCCGAUGGCGAGUGGGCUAUUCAGCCGAGGAAAACCUAGCCAAAAUCCAGUCCGAGGAUCUUCCCCGCAUCGAGGAAUGGGCACGCCGAACCGGAUCCCGUUUUGCAGCAGAGAAAACCGAGCUCAUCCACCUAACCAGGAGAAAAGGAGAGCACUCAGUGGGAAAAGUCACAUUCAAUAGAACCGACAUCAAGCCAUCGUCAACGGCCAAGCUGUUAGGAGUGGUGUUCGACCACGGGCUCCGCUGGAAGGAACACGUCCAGCAGGCCAUCAAACGCGCCACCAAGACAGCUAUUGCCUUAAAUGGACUACGACACUUGCGGCCGGAGCAAAUGCGACAACUCUACCAAUCAUGUGUCACACCCACCCUAGACUAUGCAUCGACGGUCUGGCACGACCCGCUCCGAGACAAGACCCAUCUCCGCCACUUGAACACCGUACAGCGAGCCGUACUAGUCCGAGUCCUAUCAGCAUUUCGAACAGUAGCGACAGUAACGUUGGAAGUGGAAGCCCACAUCCUCCCCACUCACCUCCGUCUCCGACACCGAGCGCAACGCACCAUCGCGAGAUUACACACUCUACCACGCGACCACCCAAUCUGGAGUGCACUGUCACGCGCCCAGAAUCGUAGAAACAACGUGGGAUCAUACGCGCGCUUCCCUUUAGCGGAGGCGAUGAAGACCAUGGACGUCGACCGGCUCAACGAACUAGAGACGAUCGACCCACGCCCGCUGCCACCGUGGCGAACGAAUGCUUUCGCUGAAAUCGAACUCGAGCGUGAUCGAGAGACAGCGAGAGAAAGGGCGGAGUCCACGAGAGCGACAUCCGACGUUGUUGUCUACUCGGACGCGUCCGGGCGUGAGGGCCACCUGGGAGCGGCUAUUGUCACGCUCAAUAGUGACGAAAAGGUGAUGGAAUUCCGCCAGGUACAGGUGGGCCCGAUGGACCGCUGGUCGGUUCACGCGGCAGAGCUUAUUGGCAUCUUCUACGCGGUGGAUAUGGUGUUCAAGCUGGUCCAUCAACGCACCGACCGGGAGGACGGACCUGUGUCAACAGCAACAAUCCUAUGCGACAGCAGAUCAGCCCUACAAGCAAUCGAGAACCCACGUAAUAGAUCGGGGCAACGCAUCGUCCACGCAAUCACACAAGCGGCCUCCGAGGUGCAGGCAGCGAAUGUCAAGCUCCGCCUCCAGUGGGUGCCAGGACAUUGUGAGAAUGCCGGAAAUGAUACAGCGGAUCGACUCGCGAAGGAAGCCGCGCAGCCCGGUAAAACCCAUCCCUUCCGACCGCUACUAUCGAGAGAACAUGCGUUGGUCCGCAGCACUGUUCACGCCCAGUGGGAGCAGGAGUGGAAGACAAGCACCAAAGGUUCCCACCUACGGAAGAUAGACAGCGGCUUACCCGCGCGGUACACGAGAAAGCUCUAUGGGAAUUUACCAAGGAAUCGCGCCUAUCUGCUGACGCAGCUACGCACGGGCCAUAAUUGGCUAUCCACCUACGCGAAGAAGUUCGGCUUCCGCGACGACGAACUAUGUGAAUGCGGAGCGCGGGAGACAGUCACCCACGUACUAUUGGAAUGCCCAAGGCUCAGAGAGCUGAGGACAGAAUUGAGAAGAAACGUUGGAGAUACGCUUAGCAGCGUGUCGAGUCUGCUGGGAGGCUCAAACGAAGGUGAGAAAGGUAAACCAGACAUCGUCUCGAGGGCAAAGACGGUUCACGCCGUAUUGGACUUUGCCGAGGCGUCACAGCGGUUUCGCAGUCGUGCGCCAUGA